AUUACUAAUGAGCUGCUCUGUGUCUCGUUUUCUCUUUCAGAGGGAGCAUGCGUUUGACUCAGAAGUGGAGCCCCACAGGUUCAGGUCUCUGCCAGAAAUGAGCAACAGAUCAGCCAAUGACCUCAACAAUCUUGAGCUGAAGCCCACACUCUCUCAGCUGCACGCUGACCUGAAGCUGUACGAGCACCACUUUGAGUGGCUGAACAAGGUUUCAAAGAAGCACCAUCACCCUGCUGUGCCCAAGCUGGUGGAGAUGAUCAGAGAAAUGAAAUCUCUCAUCAACCAGCUGCACCGCCAGAUGCUGAGAGUUGAAGCACCGAGGCUGACUCCAGCGACCCCCUCUCUCCCCCCUCACCUCCCCUAUCAGUUCGAUGUGCUGCAGUCCAGCCACGAGCUCCUCCAACACUUCAAGCUCUUCUGUGAUUGGGCGUAUAGAGCGUUCAUCAGCCUCAAGCCCAAAGUUACUGCAGUCCAAUGAUGAUCCGAGAACUACUUGGCUGCAGAGCCAUGAGGAUACAUGGAGUCCUUCCUCAGCCAAAAGGGGAAAAAGGACCAUGUCAGUGCGCACUGCAGUCAACAGCGUCCCUCAAGAGGCCAAAACGUCAACCAGUGACAUGAGUGUUGAAGAAUGUGUCUUUCUACCAGAGCCAAUGAGGAUGCGCUACACUGCAGCCAUUUACGACCAUCGAGAUUCCCCCGUUAAAGCAAACAGCCGGUUUAACUAUGAUGAUCACUUCACCAUUCCCCAAAGAUUCUCCUAAAGGCCUUGUUCAUGACCAUGUUAUUUAUGUAUUUAUUUAUUUAUUGACUGUUGGUAAUUUAUUUAAUUCUAUUUAUUUGACGUUGUAAUGUGUCACUCUCUUCUUUAUUUCUGUAUUAACGUGAAUUUAUUUGCCCGCAUCUUUGUCAUCUAUCUUUUUUUGUCGUGUGUCUCACUGAUCCUCAAGACAAACACAGUAGCACUUCCUGAACCUGUAGCUCUGAUCAUUACUUUUGUUUUAAACUUAACUUAAUUUAAUUGUAUUUCUUCAGCCAAUACUUCUUCCAGUAGAUGUAGCAAAGAGUUUUGCAUAGCCAAAGUUUUAACAAUCUAAUCACUUACAGUGCCCUUAAAAUAAACAGUUUAGAUGAUAAAAGUGUCAUUGUCUAACAAUGUUAAACGUGUCAUGUAUUAACGAACCAAUUGGUGGCAUGUGAAAUUGUUUUAAUUUGUUAAUGUCAGGAUGGUAGUCAAAAAGAAGUCAAUACUUCUACCACAGGCAGAGUUUUUAGGCCUUUUUUCCCCAUUCUGCAUGAGGAGGCAUAUUUCACGUUGUGGUAAAGUUGUAUGAAUGUGCCCUGUUGCUGAGCACUGAUGGACCUGAUUAGAUUCUUUGCACAAACUUGUUAGGAUAAGCCUCUUGGAUGAGAGAGAUGGCUGAUUUUGAACAUGUGUUUUGGGGUAGAAAAGUUUGUUUGUUAGUUUUUUUUACUUUAACACCCAAAGCCUUAAAAUACUAUGUAUUGUGACACUAUGUUCUGUACAGGUGUACAUGCAUUUACAAGAAUGUAAAUUGUUGUAUACAGUGCUUUGUGUAUUAUGUUGUUUUCUACAAUAUAAUGUAGUCUGCUUUACCAAUUUUAUCACUAUAAUUUUCUGUUAAUUCCUAUUCUAGUAUUUGUUACAGUAUUGACUAUUUAUUUAAGUAUCUUGGUGGAACUAUUUAUUUUGUGCUGCAGCGGAGCAAGACUCCUGUCUUUUGUACUUUUAUACAGUUUUCAAUUCUUAUUUACUAUUAUUAUACCAUCAUGUUUAAAUUAUUGUUGUAACAUCAAGUUGCGUCUUCCACACACUGAUUGGCCUCAAUGUGAAAUAUGUGCCUUG